AGAGAGAGUGAUGCAAAUGCUUACUGCUGUAUGAAGACUGCAGACAGUGCAGGAAACUGUUGGCUAAACAGAAUUACUCUCCAAGUAGUUACAGAGCUGCAGGUAAAGGUGAUUCCUGCCACAGAGGGACAGACAGUAACACUGAUGUGCAGCAGCAGCUGUCCUCUGACUGAAAAGCCUGCAGCCUACAUCUGGUACAAGAACAGAGAGUUUCUCUAUGAGGACUGGUCUCCCUGGUACCAAGAGCUGCUCAGCAGUGAGGAAGCAGUCACAUACUCCUGUGCUGUCAAAGGCUACGAGGAUCUCAGAGCCCCUCAAGUCUCUGUGGAUUCCAUCACACAUACAUGCUUCAGUGUCACUUAUGCUUAUGGAAACAUGUGUUCUUAUAAUCAGACAUCAGUGGAUGAGCCGUGCUCCAUCACAUACCCUAGAGAGGUUUAUGUUCAGAGAGCUUCUUCCACCUUGGGAUUUGUCACACUGACCUGUAACAACAGCUGUAAUCUGACUGACCAUCAAGCUGUCUACAUGUGGUAUCACAACAAAAUAAACUAUCAUGAGAAUCAACAUUUUUCAACUCAUAACUCUUCAACAGACACAUUCUCUUGUGGAGUUAAAGGUCACACACAUCUUCAAUCUAAAAAAGUUUGUGUUCAGGAUAAAAACUGCUGGAGAGUGAAUUAUGUCAGCAGGAGAAUCUGUGCUCUGGAAGGAUCUUCAGUGAACAUCACAAGUGAAUACUCACAUCCUGAUAACAUGAAGCCAGAGUUUAAAUGUUGGAGUAAAAAAUGGAGAAAAGAUAAAGUGGAAGUUGAAGAGCUGAUUGAGGCUGCAGGUGGUGUGGAGUAUCAGGACAACAUGAAGAACCAACACAUCCUGACCAUCAACAACCUGAAGAAGAAUGACUCAGGAGGAUACACAUUCAGAUUCAACAAAGAUCAUGAAGGAUGGACACAGUCUGAUUUGCCUGGAGUCUUUUUGAUUGUCACAGAGCUGAGAGUGAAGAUGAGUCCUUCUGCAGUGGUGACAGAGGGUCAGAGAGUCACACUGACCUGCAGCACCAGCUGUCCUCUGACUGACAACACAAACUACAUUUGGUACUUGAACAGUCGACCUCUGACCCCGAGAGAGAACCAGAACAAACAUCUGAUCCUAGACCCAGUCAGCAGGGAGGAUGCAGGAAGCUACUCCUGUGCUGUGAAAACCAACAAAGAUAUCAGCUCUGCUCCAAAGACUCUCACUGUCCAAAGUAUCACAGGAACAUGGACAAUUGGAGUUUCUGUAAUAGUUCUGGUUUCAAUACUUCUCCUUUUCUUCUUUUUGAUUAGAAAAAAGAGGACUACGAGUCAGUCUUCCACAAACGAAACAUCAAACAACAUAGUGGAGCUAAAUCCUGAUCCUGUGUGUGAAGACAUCUUAGGUGAGCCACAGGUGGAGGAUGAAGUCCUCUACAGCAAAGUCUACUUCUUUAAAAACCACACAGAUCCUCUUUUGUCUACCAUAGAGCCACUUCAGCCAAGAGAAGAGCAGCAUGCUGAUUACACUGUGGUGAAGUAUAGAAAUAACACGAGCUCUGAUGAAGAAUCUGUUGUCCUUUCAACAGAAACAGACCCCACAUGGUGUUGAACAAGCCUUUUAACACAUCUCUGCAACUGUCAUUUAAAAUUUUGUGCAUCACACUUGAAUCUUCAUUUUACCUUUUUGCUGUGUUCGACAAAAUUAGAUUAGGCAGUUCGAUGGGCUUCACAUGUUACUCAUAUGAAUGGAAUAAUUCAUGAUCAUGUAAAUAUUAUGCUCAUGUAUUUUUAUUUUUAUUCUAUUUUAGCAGGUCACGUGCCUUUUGUCUCCCUUUUCUAACCGUGAGAGCAAUUACACACAAAGAAAGGUUGUUCACUAUAAUCCAAGAACAAAGGGAUACAACAACUGUAGUGUUUGCUGUGGGGAUGACCCUUGUGUGCAUGUGCUAUUAUAGCAGAAGACACUGAAAUGCGGGAAUGUCACUGCAUUAUAGCCUUGAUUUUGUCACAGUGCAGAAUAUUUAAGUCCAAGUUGUUACUCUUAUUUAUUUCGUAACAACUGGAAACCUUGUUAUGUCUUUUUCAGAACUGUACAUUUAACCAUUUCAUUGCUGUUAGUAAUUUUUAUUUCAUUGACGGUUUGUUCUUAUAUCAUUAUAUCACUGGUGAAUUUUGCCACUUAGCGCUGCCCUUUGUCACUUUUAUAUAUGUAUAAACAUAUGAUGUGUUUUUGUGUAUAUAUGUAAACCUUGUUGAAAAUUUGGAUUUACAAAGUAUGACAAUUACAAAUACAGAUAUCAGUGUCACAGUAUAAAGACAAAUAACCUGAUUUAGAAAUUAUUUUAUUUGUGGCAACAAGCAGAGAUAAAAGGCUUUUCAUCUGUAAACUCCUCACCCAGCCCCCACACUUGC